CCCACAUUUGUAAAUCCGGCCCUGACUGUAAUGCUUUCUAAAUGCAGGGAAGAGUUGCUGAAACAUUGCGAUACCAAGAGACAUUUAAAUAAAGUGGAAAAAAUUCGAAUCAGUGGCAGCGAAAGUGAUUCUUCGUCGAGUGUGACAAGCAACACAAUGUCAGAAAAAACAAACACCGAUAAGUCUGAUCAAUCUGAACAAGCAUCUGGUGAUGUUGAUGAUGAGGAUGAUGAUGACAAUGAUGAGAAAGAUGACCAUGAUUAUAAGCAGAAUGAGGACGGGAGAUACGCUUGUUCAGAAUGUGGUCGUACAUUUAAUCGGCAAUGCAAAUUGAAGAACCAUAAGGCGACCCAUGACAAGAAUUACGACGGAAAACAAUCCGAUGAGGAAUCCAGCAUGCCAGCCUUCAGCUCCGACGAUUCAGCCUCCGAUCAAGAAGGUGAAAACGAACUGGAAGAAAAACAGGAACAGGAACAAGAAGGAAAGCUUGAACCGGAACUGACACAAGGAGAGGAACAAGAACAGACAAAUGGACAAGAACAGCAGGUGAAGCAAGAACAAAAACAGACAAAGGAGCAGAAGCAUAAGAAGAAAACAGAAUAUCGGUGCGAUAAAUGUAAUAUAGUAUACUCGAAUAAGUCGAAAUUAAAUAGUCACAUGAAAAAUCACAGAUCAAACAGGAGUGUCAAGAAAUCGACAAAGACUACAUUCAUGCAGACAAAGGACCAGGACCUGAAGCAACUGACAAACAAUCAUUGCGAUAUAUGCAAUAAAACUUAUGCGACUAGGGGCAAAUACAUCAGUCACGUGAAAUAUCACAGAUUAAAAGACGAACCUAAACAGCAAGAAUAUCCAUGUGAAGAAUGCGAUAAUGUAUUUUCGAUGUAUAGGGAUCUAUACAAUCACAAGAAAUAUCACAAAGCAAUGCAGCGUCUCAAACCGACCGCCAAUACCGAGGCGAAUUCAGACAAACCAAUCGAAGCUAACUCCAAUGAGCAAAAUGUGACAACCUCCAACCUAUCAGUUGGCGUCGAAACACGUGCUGCUAACGAAACUCAACCAUUCCAGUGCGAUUUUUGUCCUAAAUCAUUCGCAACUGCGAAAAUACUGCUGCGCCACAGAAGGAUCAUACAUGGUCCCAAGAAUCAUAAAUGUGACGUUUGCGACGUACAGUAUACUCUACGUGCAGGUAUGACACAGCAUGUGUACAGCAAAAAACAUUUGAAAAAUUUAAAACAGAAAUGGAUAGAUGAAAACAAGUCGUCCUCGAAUGAAAAUGAGCCCGACAAAAGUGGAAAAAAUAUCAAGAAUAUAAAAGACUCCGAUUUAUUGAAAAAUGAUGCAAUUUUUACUAAGUAUAAACACUCGCGACGGACGAAAAACUACAACAAACAAAGCAAGUGCGAUGAAUGUGAUAAGGUGUUUCCAAAUGUGUGGAGCUUAUCUAAUCACAAGAAAUAUCAUAGACCAAUGAGACUUGAGUGUCACAUAUGUGGAAGACCCUGCUACAGCAAUGCUGUACUGAGAAAACAUCUCAGAACACAUCAAUCACCUGAAGAACGCCAGCGUGCGAAACCACCGAGCGAUGGGAAACCUCUUCCGAGACCUUUCAAGUGCGAAUUUUGUCCAAAUACGUACGUGACGCAUGCUGCCCUUUGGACUCACACUCAAGUGAAGCAUAAGAACAAUACUUACGAAUGCGAAAUAUGCGGGUAUCAAUUUCCUUUGAGAGAGCUUCUUAAUAGGCACAUGAAGACUCAUACAGCACGUGAACACACCAAGGAGGACUUCCAGGUGUUGAGGAAGCUGGCACCCAAAAAAGACAAAGUAACGAAUCGAAAGAACAAUAAUGCUGAUGGAACGAAGAAGAAUGAAUCAGGUAGUAAAAACAGAAAAACAAACAAACCAACUAACGUGGGAACAAAAAAAUGUGCGAAGCCUUCUACUGAACUGCCUUUUCCAUGCGAUAUAUGCGAGCAAUCUUUCGAAACACUAGUACUGCUAUAUCGUCACAAACGGUACCUACACAAACCGAAACGGUUCAAAUGCCCCGUUUGCGAUAAGUGUUUCGCUUACAGAAAACAAAGAAAUAUGCACAUGAGGGGCCACGACAAGUUGCAAUCGGAUACUAUCAAAGAUUUUGAGUGUGAUGAAUGCCACAAAAUCUAUCCCACGUGGAAGGCCUUGUACGCGCACGUAACCAUUGGGCAUAUCAAGCGGAAAUCUCUUAGCGAAGAACGAACCGUUCCCUGUCCGAAAUGCAACAAAAUGUUCCAAACGCAGACGCAGAAAGAUUUGCACUUUAGAGUUGUUCAUGCAUCGGUGGAAUACAAGUGUCACAUUUGUGAUAUAGUGUUUCCGAUACGUGUGAAGCUUUGGGAGCAUAUGACCCACAGGCAUGAAAACCAACCAACCAUCAGUAGUGCUUCCAAGCCCGAUGAAUCCGUUGGAAGUGUAGAACAAUCUGGCCAGAAAGAUGUCGACAGAGACGAUCAACCUACUGAAAGCGAGACAGCCCAGAAAGCGGGAGGUCGGAAGCAACCUCAGAGAAAUGUGAAAACUAGGAGCGACGCAAAACGAAGAAGAGAGUGACGCACUUAUUUUAAUAUUUGCUACGUGAAUAUAAUUCAGGAAUUAUUUAUGCUGGCAAAUCAAAAAUACACGUGGUGUCUGUACCUUGAUCAGUACCUAUAUGAAACAAAAUAAAUACCAGAAUAAAAAUGCGUAAUUUGAAGUUUCGUUCAAA